GAGCACACGGGAGCAUUUGCCAUCCACACCUCGAACGGGACGCGAGUCGUAAUUCGACAUGGCUUUGCAGAGGAAUACACCAAGAGCAAGUCCAUGAGCGGCGUAGAAACAUUGCGAGUCGACGGCUUUGCAGACUAUCCUGGAUUCCAAGCCGCAAAAGCAGCAAUGGAUAGUCCCUUGCUGCGAAACAUGUUGGUUCGACGUCUGUCGCCUUCGCUGGCUUCUGUGCGAAUUGACAUGCAAGACGAGCUAGAUCUCGCUACGCAGGACGUCUUAGGCGGUGUGAGCUCGGAAUGGACGUCUACGGUGAUUCAACCUAUGGUGGGCACGCUGGCUGCACGGCUCGUGUCUCGCGUCUUGGUUGGAAAGCCGCUCUGUCAUGAUAAACGAUGGGUGAAAGCUACGGAGAACUACACACGUUUGAAUUUCGCUGCGGCGUCGGAGCUUCGUCAGGUGCGGAGUUUUCUGAGACCUUUCAAGCACUGGUGGCUCCCAUCUUGCGUUGAAUUGAGGCGUGCUGCAUAUGAAGCUCGAAGGCUUAUUGCGAGCGAAGUUAGUCGGCGUGAGAAGGUGGAUCAUGAGACCAGGCAAAGGGGCAAAGAGCCGACUCCAAGGGCCGAUGGCCUGCAAUGGCUCUUGGAGGAGAGCCGCUCACUGAAAAUGAAACCUGAUAUCACGGCCGCGGAGCUACACCUUUCGUUGAUCGGAGUGCAGACCGUCGCCCACUCUUUGGGCCAAGCUUUGCGCCUCUUGUGCGAGCAUCCGGAAUGGGCAACGAGACUUCGCCACGAAGCGACGACAACGCUCGAGCGUCACGGCAGCUGGAACAAAGCCGCUAUGUACGAGCUGAAGCAGCACGACAGUUUCCUCAAGGAGUCUCAACGGCUGACUACGGGAUAUUUGGCGCUCAACAGUAUCGUUACCCGUGACAUGGUUCUCUCGGACGGCACCACGCUCCCUCGAGGCACGCGCUGCUUCUUGGAGGCCGGGCUUCUGAGCGGGAAUCGCUAUCCAUCCCCCCACGAGUUUGAUCCUACUCGUUUUCUGCAUACGCAAAAUCAUGAUGCCGAGGCGCCGUCUGCCGUUCCGAGAUCAAACUACUCUUCAGCGACUGUGGAACACUUGGGCUUUGGUUUUGGCCCUCGCGCUUGUCCCGGUGAGUUUUGGGCUUCAGAUCUCAUGAAGAUGACAAUGGCUCACCUCGUGUUGCACUAUGAUUGGGAGCCGGAGCAGGGGAAUGAUACCCCUACGCUGAUGGAGAUCGAGUCCAUACAGCUCAUGCACCCGGAGGCGAAACUUCGUGUAAGACGUAGA